AUGUUGGAGCAGGGUCCAAGAGAUUUCAUAAGCCUAAAAAUUGAAGACAUUUUAACUGAAACUGGAGUGCAGGGGCUUGCUGUUGCUGCACACACAGCUACUACUGGCACUGCAGUUUUAGCUUAUGAUUGGUCACAUGGCUUUCUAAAAUUCAUGACCUUCAACACUACGUCUUUCUUUUCAUCUCUAUGUGUGGUGUUACUACUCCUAAGUGGAUUUCGCCUUGAGAAUAAGCUCAUGAUGUGGAUCUUGACCAUUGCUAUGACUUCGGCACUCACAUUCACGGGUCUCACAUAUAUUUGGGCACAAAGUUUGGUGACCCCUGAUCACAUUGUUGAUAAAGUUAAUAGGAUGGGUCUACCUUUGUCUAUUGUUUGGGUAAUCAUACUUUUACUUGUUGGUUUGAGUCAUCUGGUUCACUUGGUCAUGUGGAUAAAGAAGUGGAAGAAGCAGCUUCUACACACCUCAAAGCACUUGCCCCCAAGAAUUGGUCCAUUGGGUCAGAAUUACCCCAUUUGA